UCCGCUUCAAAAUUUUUUUUUUAUCAUUCUCCCAUCACAUCUUCCUCACAAAAAAAAAACAUAACCUAAUUAUAAAAAAAUCCCCAAUUCCAUCUCUUUUAAUUUGAUCACCAUCAAAAAAUCAUCCACACGGACACAUCCGAUCCGAUCAAUGGCUGCGGCGCGUGUUCAGCAUGUUCGACCGCAAUAACGACGGCACGAUAAGCCGUAAGGAGCUGAGCGAGUCGAUGGAGAAGCUGGGGAUCCACAUCCCGGAGAAGGAGCUGUCGCAGAUAAUCGACGCCAACGGCGACGGCUGCCUCGACGUGGAUGAGUUCGGCGAGCUCUACGCGGCGAUCAUGGAGGACGAGGGGAGAGGAGACGAGGACGAGGACAUGCGUGAGGCGUUCAACGUCUUUGAUCAAAACGGCGACGGAUUCAUCACCGUGGAGGAGCUCCGCGCAGUGCUCUCCUCACUCGGCCUCAAGCAGGGCCGCACUAUUGAGGAUUGCAAGUAGAUGAUCAUGAAGGUCGACGUCGAUGGCGACGGCAGGGUUAACUAUGAUGAGUUCCGCCAGAUGAUGAAGGGCGGAGGCUUUGCCGCUUUGAUUACUUAAAUUUCUUCUCCUUCCAUGCAAAAACCAAACCAAUUUUUAUUUAUUUAUUUUACUACUGAA